CAAAGGCAAUUUUGGAUCUACUUCAUCGUGCUCAACGGCCCCUUCCCUCAAACCGCCUCCGCCCCCGGCCAUGAGAAUACGCAAAAACGUUAAAAUCGCUCAGCUUCUCAAUGCGGCGUCGUCUCUCAAGUCCUGCCCCCUCCUCCAACCUCAUAUCUGCCAGCUCAAUCAGUCGCCGUGGGACGUCAUCACCUUCUCUCCACCCUCGUCUCCUCCACCGCCGUUACAGUUGAUUGGGAGCAGUGAUGUUCGUGCUGGAAAUGGAAGCUCCGAGCACUGCGUUUCCGUUUCUGAGAGUGAUACGGCGGCUCCACCUCCACCUCCACCGCCGCCAGAGGAAAAGGAAGCCAUCCUGUGCUGCAAAACCGACGGGAAGAGCUGGCAUUGCCAGAGGGAAACUGCUAAUGGAAAUUCCCUAUGCGAGCACCACUUAUCCAUGUCUAGAAACUACAGCAGCCCCGCCGCAACCAAAAAGUCCGCCAGGCCGAAGAGAGCUCCGGCAGCCGCGUCGUCGUCCAAUCCGCAUGAAUUUUACUACUAUUCGGGGUUCGGGCCGCGGUGGGGCAAGCGGAGAGGCGAAGAAAUUACUCGUAAUGCUGAAACGGAGGAGGCGGCGAUCUCCUACACCGGCGACGAAGAGUUCGAUUUCUUCGCGGAUUACGAGGAUGAAGACGAGGAGGAGGAGGAUGGCGAGGAAGAGGAGGAGGAGCGAAGGGAGAAUGGGAAGGAGAAGAAGAAGAAGAAAAGGGUGAGAAAGCCGAUCAAGGCUAGAUCGCUCAAAUCGCUAUUGUGAGGAUUAUGUUAUUUGUAAAAAAUGUAUGGUAUUUACUAUUUAUGCAAUGUCUAGUCCUCCUCGUUUUCUUUCAUUUUUAUUUUUAAAAAUAAAAUAUUAUCGACUUUGGAAUUUUUAGGUGACGGUUUUGGUGUUCUACUUUGAGUGACACCCGACCCCUUUUUUAUUAAUGCCUAUGGCUAGAAUC